GAAAUGCCAUUUUCUAAUUCACGAGGCUCCAACCGCGAGAAAGGCGAGACAGAAUGAAUCCUCGCCGGCGACGAGGCGCCGACACCUCCCUCCGGCGACUGGGUCUCCGACCUCGUCGCCGGUGGCCGGACGGGGCAGCCUCGCCGCACGGGGAGCCCCAUCGCCUCCGACUCCGUCUCGGAGUCGGAUUCCCGCCCUCCUUAUGGGAAAAAGAAAAUAUCUCACCCCGAUUCGAUCGCGACGAACCCUCGCACUCCGACUCCGAUUCCAAUUCCAACUCCAAUGUCGGUGGAUUUUAUCCCUCGACGAUAAAAAGGGCGCCACAUCCUCCACCCGAGAUCACCAAAUCUCUCAAUUCCCAAAAUCAAUUCGCGCACCAAACCUCCCAAAUCCCUCUCCCACCAGUUCUUGGAUUCGCCGAGGAGCUCUUGUCCUUCCAUCCAUGGCGGCGGGGUGGCGCGAGACGCCCGCCGCCUCCGCGGCCUUCCCGGUGGCCUACACCGCCGUCCUCGCGCUCUACCUCCUCCUCGGCGUCUUCCCGCGCCCGCGUGGCGCCCCGCCGUGCGAGGCGCUGCUGUGGGAGCUCGCCGACUGGGCGGCCGUGGCCGUCUGCCUCGCCGCCGACGCCUACUUCAUCUACUGCAUCGCCUCCUCCCGCCGCCGCCCCGACGUCCCACCGCGGCUGCCGCCCCCUCCCCCGCAGAUGGAUCUCUGCUAGGGUUUAGGGCAGGGCCUCGCCGUCUCGACAUCGUCAGGGAGUGUCCUUAACCCUUCUUUUCUCAUCAUGCUGCUACUGUUAUUUUCUUCAGUUAAUUAGGAAGGUUUCUUUCUGGUGUAGUUUAGUUGUUAGCAACAGCCCUUGAACUGAAACCAUGGUUAGAAUUUGGAAGAUUAAUGCUGUAGUCUAGUGUCAACAACGCUUCCUUGUGCUGCUUUAAUGAGCUUCUGCAUCACAAUUGCUACUUCUGCUACUAGUCAUUGUGUGAUUACCUUUUGUCUUGCAAGUUUCUACACUUAUUAGGAAGAAUUCUGAUGCUCUUAGAAUAUUGAUUAGUCAUUAGAAUCUAGUUUUGUUAGAUGUGUCGAUGUAGAAAUAGUCGAUUGCGUUCGUGUUCCUUUGAUAAGCCUUCUUUCCAAACUUCAAUCUUGUUUUUGUAAUGCAUAUGAUCCUCCACAUAUAAGGAUCAAAUAGUAUAUUCUAUUGUCAUCUGCUCUGCAAGUCUUGAACUUUGGUUUUUAUCAUACUGCAAAACACCCCUAAUAGUACUUUCUGCAGUUACUUUUUGUCACCUGUUCUGCUAGUAUUACUUUCUGCAGUUAGGAUGAUUUCUGUUGUACUGUAGUUGUUAGCAACAGUCUUGAACUGAAACCUUGGUUAGCUAGCUGUGAAAGUGUCUCAGCCAAUUUUCUCUCCUUUCUUAAUGAAACAACAGAGUUCCUGCUUUAGUAUAAAAAAAUACCAAAAAAAAAUGGUUAGAAUUAGGAAGAUUUCCAAUGUAGUGUAGUGUCCACAAUGUUCUUCAUGCUGCUUCAAAAUCGCUACUUUUACUACAGUCAUUAUGUGAUUACCUUUUGUCUUGCAAGUUUCUGCACUUAAGUAGGAAGAUUUCUGAUGAUAUUAGUCAUUAGAAUCUAGUUCUAUUACAUAUAUCAAUGUCGGAAUAGCAUGUGCCAUGUUUGUGUUCAUAUGCUCCUACACAUAUAGAUCAAAUUGUAUAUUCUACUAUCAUCUGUUCUGCAAGUCUUGAACUUCGGUUUUUAUCAUAGAGCAAAACACCCCAAUAAUUUCCUUUUGGGAAAACGGUUGAGUGAUCAUGAGGUCGAGAGUUCGAGCCUCUGUCACCCCAAAUAUUGAGUGAUGAGGAAAUGCUCCUGUGACAAUCGGGUUCGUCACAUUCAUCUGACCAUCAGAUAUUAAGAGCUAGUCUGAACUCAAUUAACUUGAAUCUUCUUUUUGUAAUGCAUAUACUGUACUCCACACAUGUCGAUCAAAUUGUAUAUUCUAUUUUCAUCUGUGCUGCAAGUCUUAAACUUUGGUUUUUAUCAUAGUGAAAAUACCCCAAUAAUUUCCUUCUGGGAAAACCUAACUGCCAACUAGAUGCACUAGUCUAAAUAUACAGUUAAGGGCUGGAUAUCACCAUUGACUUGGUCUCUUGGUUGAUUUAUUGCUCUGAUGACUACCAAUUCAGGUCGCAUUAUUUUGCACUUGUGCCUGCCCCCACAUAUUUAUUGGUCAAUUUAGUUGGCUCCAAAAGGGUAUAAAAUACUAGCAGUUACUCUAACAUAGUUCUGUGUUUUGCAGUAUAAAUCCAGGCACACCAAGUGGACACAAAUAUAUAGAAUACAUCAUGACUUUUCACCAUAUCAUUCAGUAUGAAUAUGUAACUAGUAAUAAAAAUGUUAUUGAUUUGAAUGUUUUCAAUCACCAUCUAUAUUUUACCUAUCUCAGUAAACUUCUUAGUUGUAUUUGACCCCAUGUCCUUUAGAAUUGCAUAUUCCUUAACAAAGGGAGCAGUUGAUGAGUGAUCCUUUCUAAAACAGUUAUUUGGAUUUGUCUUAUUGUAGUAAUAUUACUUGAUUUGUCACCAAAAGCACUUCCAUGUGUAAUAUCUUUAUACUGAAUAAAAUCGAAAUAGUAAUGAUCAAAGCAUUUACUGAAGAUUGUGUCAAUGGUCUAAGACGACAAUAGAUGUAAUUCAAUUAGGUAUGCCUGCAUUCUAUUUUCAAUGGUUUCUUAAUCUUGUGCUUAACUUUGCUGCAGCCAAACACUGUCGUAGAUGAAGUGGUCAAGAUUGUCUGGAAGGAGCAAAACAUGAAGUCAAUUGCUCUCCAGAAGACAAGGUCAAUCACUGCUGUGCUGCCAAACAAAUCAGUUGUUCUCCAGAGCGCCAGGUCAAUCACUGUUGAGUUCGAGAACUUGAGCGAAAACUGAAGUUCGUGUAUGCUUGGAGCUGCAGUGUUGAGAGCUUACUAACUUCGUGGCUCACUCAUCUGAACUGAGAAGUUACAAAACCCAGUGGUGGAAACCAAACUACACAGGUGUAAACCUGGAGUAGCAGUAGCACUAAAGUAAUUCUGGUCUAACAUAAGUUACUUGUAUCAUUAGCUGUACUGAAUCAUUGUAGAGCUAAUACUAAUAUAUGAAUGGUAUAUAUAAACUAAUACGUGUACUAAGCUGUACCAAACGAUGCACCUAUACUGUUGAGAAGUUCAUAUAUGCAAUGAAUGUUGGUUGA